AUGUAUCAAGGAAGCACAAGGAAGAGAAGCUGCGCAGACGAAGCUGAAAGUCAAAUUCAAAAUUUUCCAAGCAAACGACCCCACACUACACACGAUACCAUUUCCAUUUCUUCGCCACCAUUAACACCUCAUCAUGUCCGUUCUACUUCCCAUACACCAAAUUCCACAUUCGGAGAUAUCCUCGUAUAUAACAAAUUACCUACUCUCGUCCAGUCCCGCGCUCGUAAAGCAGCCCUUGUAGACAAUUUGAUCGAUUUGGCCGUAGAAAUAGUAGAAGAGAUCUGGUCACCGUUCACCGUUAAUCCGAACGUAAGGCUAGUGUCCUUGAAGACAUUCAUAAAAAAGCUGUUGCAAGGAAUGCGAGUAUCCUUUUCCACACUGCAGAUCUGUUUGCUGUACCUCGUCCGUGUGCAACAUUGCAUAUUCAAACGUGCACAGACAUCAAGUCGUGGAGAAUCCAAGAAAGAUCCAACCAUAUGCGCACGCCGAAUGUUCCUUGCCGCAUUGAUGACAGCUCACAAGUACACUCAAGACAAAAAAUAUCACAUUAGAACCUGGAGUGACGUCUCGGGUCUUUCCGUUCAGGAGAUCUGCGUGAACGAGCGAUUGUUUUUAGAACUGCUAGAUUAUAAAUUAUUCGUAAACGAUGAAGAUUUUAAAAGAUGGUGUGUCCUGCUAUUGAUCACUAUUCAGAAGAUUGCUGGCGAGGAUAUGGAUAAGGCUAGCAUCUGUCAAAGCGAAAAGGGAAAGCAAGUGAUGAUGGAGUUUAGAAGGGAGAUAAGAGGGAUGGUGGUUUAG